AUGAACGCGCAUGUCGAUUACCUGGGAAUGGUUUCCUCCGAUCUCUUCGAGCAUCCCUCGAAGAUGAAGAAGAAUAAAGACUUCGAAUACGCGAUGGUUCCGUUGAGAAUUCUUUCGUGGCCAUUGGGCACCUGGCCGCUUCAGAAGUACAACAUAUAUUCGGCUUUUAGAACCAUCGCCAGCAUUAUAUUCUUGAUGAUAAUGUUAACGAUUGUACACAUGGAAGUGUAUUUGGACUUGACGGACGCCGAGAAGAACCUGGACGCCUUAGUGCUGAUCGGUUGUGGGAUCCUGGCGGUGUCGAAGGUGCUCAAGUUCCGGUUCUGUCCGGAAGCGUUGAUCAGCAACUUUUGUUCGGCGAUGAAGGACUACGAGGAUCUAGGCGGAGUUGAGAAACGAGCGAUCGUGCGACAUCACGCUUACUUGGGCCGUAUGGCGUGCAUGGGUGUCGUGUGUUUCUCGUGCAUGACUUCGUCUCUUUUCACGAUCGUGUCGAUAUUAGCUGGAAUGGAGGAUACCGCGAUCGAAGACGUUAACAUUACGCAAAAGGAAUCAAUAGACUAUCCGAUCCCCUCCGAAUUGACUUUGGAGAUUCUACGAGUGCCUGAGAAUUAUUAUCUGGUGAUUUUCGUCGUGGAGUACGCGAUGCUGCUGGUCACGGGGGCUGGAAAUCUCGGCAGCGAUGGAUUGUUCUUUGGUAUCACUUUUCAUUUAUGCGGUCAGGCGGAGGUGUUGAAGUUCGAGUUCAGGAAAUUCGUCGACGAAAAUGAGAAUACCGCGAACCGUUUUAGCGUGCUAGCAAAGAGGCACAAACAUUUAUUGACAAUGGCUGAAAAGCUCAACGACAUAAUCUGCACCAUUUUAAGCAUACAACUGUUCACGAGUUGCUUGCUUAUUUGCACCACUGGAUUUCAAUUUAUACUGUCUCUGAACGUCCGCAACAUGGUGAUGGUGAUGAAAACGUUCAUAGUAAUGGGUGCAGUGUUGAUGCAAUUGUUCGCGUACAGUUACGUGGGGGAGUACUUGAAGAAUCAAAUGGAAGAAAUUGGAUACGCGGCUUAUUGCAGCAGCUGGUACAACAUACCGAGCUAUGUGUCGAGGGACAUCGUUUUCGUGUUGAGGAGAACUCAUGACCCUGUGUGCCUGAGGGCCCAACAAUUCUUCAUCAUCAGUAUGCAGACUUACAUGAGUAUCGUGAGAACCUCGAUGUCGUAUCUUUCGGUUCUACGACUUAUGAUUACGACUUAAAACACACUUUUAUAAGAGACGUAGUUUCUGUCACGGGAAGUUCUAAAAUGUCUCAAAUAGUUCAAAUUUAUAUACUAUGU